ACUCGAGCUCGUUUUCUGCCGGUCGAAAGAGGGGGCUUGGACCGGACUAUAAAGCAGACGGUCUUCGUUUGUUUGCACACUUCUGCUUCCCCUCUUUCUUUCUUUCUCCUCCACUGUACAUCGCUCGACAUUGCAAUCGACACUCUACUAGCGAUCGUUGAUCCCUGCCUUCUUCGAAGCGUUUCGAGUGGCAUCACCAUCAUCAUCGCUACAACAUGGCCUCAUCUAUCGUCGCCGUUGCCGGAGGGACAGGCAACCUGGGUCGGACGAUCGUGAAAGCUCUAGUCGACAGCGGAAGGUUCCAAGUCUUCGUACUCGGUCGCAAGGCCGACCCCGAAAAAGAGAAAAUCCUCCGCGCCCGUAUUCUCCCUACGGACUAUACCGACCCAUCGUCCCUAGUGACCCUGUUGGAGGAGAACAAAAUCGAUACGGUCCUCUCUGUCGUCAUGAAUGACGAUGGGCCCGAGACCGAGAUCAACUUGAGCGAUGCGGCGGAGAAGAGUCGAGUGACCAGGCGUUUCGUCCCUGCCAUUUGGGGAUGCAAAUGUCAGCCCGAGGUCGCCAAAUGGUCGCCCUUCAUCGGAGACCGGAUCAAGGUCCUCGAAGCCCUCGAGUCCACCUCGCUCGAAUGGACCGCCGUGCACAACGGUUACUUUGCCGAUUACUUCGUCGGACCUCGUAUUCCGACCGAAUUCGACCGGAACCUCUUUCCUGGUAUAGACACGCAGAACAAUGUCGCGGCGAUCCCAGGGAGCGGAGACGUUCAUGCUGUCUUUACGCAUACGGCCGACGUAGCCAAAUUUGCCGUCGCUCUUUUAGGGUCGGAGGACAAGUGGGAAAAAGAGAGCAACAUCGUUGGACAACGGAUCACUCUCAACGAACUCGUCAAGAAGCUCGAACACGUCAAGGGUGAAAAGUUCUCCGUGUCCUAUGAUCCGGUAGAGAAGCUCGAACAGGGGAAGAUCACCGAGUUGCCUUGUCAUAAAGAGGCUUAUGGGUAUUUCCCUAAAGAAGCUCUACAGGGAAUGUUUAGUUCGUUCGGGUUGAUGUUCGAGAGAGGGGUGUUCGAGGUCGAUAUGGAGAGGACGCUGAACAAGAAGUUCCCGGAAGUGCAUGCGCGGAGCGUCGAUGAGCUCAUCGCCGAGGGAUGGGGAGCCGGGAAGUGAUCGGAUCUAGCAAGUGCUCCGGCGCAAGGCUUGAGGUUGCACAAUAAAC